AUGGCUUCUUUGGUGGACUACUUUUUCACCGCUGGCUUGGAUACCGAAAUGGAACUGGAGCCCCAUUUUCCGGCUAAACCAGCAACUGAAGAUCCACAACCCUCGACAAAUGGUCCAUACAAAUGCCGAAUCCUACAACAUUUUCCGGAAAACUGCCGUGGAUUUUCGUUUUCAAAAGAGGCUACUGCAAUGCUUGUUAUGCCGAACGGCCUUCACUUCUUUACGCAAGCCCAUCCCCUCAUGCGCCAAGCGCGCCCACCGUUUCGACAUAGUUUUAUCAUUACCCGGGAGGAUGGUAAGCGGGUCUACGGGUUUGCCCUCCUCUUCCCAGAAGAAGUCACACACCCGGGCGUGAAGGCGGCUCUCAAGUUGUUAGAAACUAGUCGAGUAUUCCGUAACAAGGCAGCCUCUCUAUCCUCCACCGCAAGUCCCGGUGCCCAGCCGAACCCAAUACGGACAGAAUCGGCGUCAACGUUUCGACUGUCGUCUUGCGAUCAAAUUUUCUCAAUGAAGGCUAUUGGUGUCCUGUCACGAUGGCCCUUUGCCCACGGACUCUUCGGUUGGUUGGAGGACCUCUGGUCGUUAAUAUUCUUUCGAUCACCUCAUCUCCCCCCUGACGUCACCGUGGAGUCCUUCGUCUACAAUAUCCUCUUUGAGGCCGGUCUCGGCUCACCGGGACAAUGUCUUGUUGUUCAGGGGCCAAAUACACAACACUUCUGCUUCCAACCUGGUAAGCCUCAUUGCCUGCCUGUUUUGAAGUUGGGUAUGACACUUGGGUAA